AGGUUUUGCAUAAAUAUAACAAUUCAGAAAGAUAUGAUAUAUAUUUAUUUACAAAUUUCCGUUUCAAUAAGUAUAUAAAUUAAAAUGUCCUCUGCAAUUGAAACAGAUGAGAAGAAUGAUUGGACUUAUUUUGUUCAAGUUAACACUUGCAAUUUCUUAUUGUUCUGCAGGAUCUGCAUGGCAUUUUCAAGAAUUAGGAAAUGAAAUUAAUAAAGUUUGUCGUACGAAAGAAUGCUUCAGUGUAGCUGCAGAAUUGUGGGAAAGUGUUAAUAAAUCGGUUGAUCCCUGUGAAAAUUUUUACGAAUAUGCUUGCGGCAAAUGGACAAUUAAUAAUCCAAUUCCAAAAGACAAAGCUUACUGGAACUCACGUUCUAAAACUAAAAAGAAGAUUGAAGACAGAAUUAAAGAUUUGUUGGAGGAGCGAAUAAAACCAACAGAUAUUUUACCCAUUAAGCAAUUAAAAAAGUUUUAUCGAUCAUGUAUGAAUCUAGACGCACUGGAGAGUAAUGGUAUAAGUCGUCUUGAAGCAAUUUUAGCAAAUAAUGGAGGUUGGCCAAUGGCUAUGGAAAUUUCCGAAUGGGAUUCACAAGAAUUUCCCUGGCAGCAAAUCGAUAAAAAUUAUUUUAAAAUUAGUGGACAGUCUCCAUUUUAUCAAUUAGGUGUCUCUGAAGAUUAUAGAAAUUUCGUAACUAGAAUGUUGUUAGAUCUAUCAUCUCCGAGUUUGCCUAAAAUUCUUCCCAAAAAAUCACAAGAAAAAAUUAAUAGAACUAUGUUGUAUGAAAGUGGACAGUAUGGAAAAUUAAUGACAGAAGUUGCACUCAUGUUUGCAAAAGAUAAAUUUAUUGAUAAUGAUCAACUGGCAACUGAUGUUCAGAAUGUAAUUAAAUUGGAGCAAACGAUAGACAAAGAACUUGAAAAAUUGGAAUAUGACUUUAAUUUAGUUACUGUCAAAGAAUUGCAAAAAAAAUAUGACGAUGUUUCAACCUCUAAAUCUAAAAUAAACUGGAUUUCGAUGAUUAACGAUUAUUUAGCAGUUGCAAAUAUAGAAAUGAAAGAAAAUCAAGAAAUUGGAAUAAAUUAUUCCAAUCUUUUUUCCAUGAUCGUAAAUAUUCUAGAGAAUACACAGCCACGAGUUAUUGUUAAUUACAUUCAUUGGUAUUUUUUAAAACAAUUUUUACCGUAUACAACUCAACACAUGCGGAUGUUGGAAUUUAAUCUGUACAAGGAAAUGACUGGAGUAAAGGAAGAAACUCCAAGACACGAAGAAUGUAUUGAAGAUGUAGGAAUGAACCACGCAAAAGCAUAUCAGUACGUAAAAAAAUAUUUUACUGACGAUAUGAGAGAACAUGCACAAGAAAUUUUUAAGCGUGUUCAAAAAGCAAUUGUCAAACAUGUGUUAAGAGCAGAUUGGCUGGACGAUGAGAUGAGAAAAUUGGUUUUGCAGAAAGUAAAUAAAAUGAAAACCAAUAUUGGUUAUCCUCCUAUGUAUAAUAAUGCUACAGCCAUGGAAUAUUAUUAUCGUGGGAUGGCAAUUGGAAAUCAGUUUUUAGAAAAUAUAUUCAUGUCUUUAAAAUUUGAACAAAAGAAAAAAGUUCGAUCAAUUGGAAAGCCAUUAAAAGACGAUGAAGAUUGGGGUGAUACUUUAGAUGUAAAUGCUUUUUACAAUCCUUUUUCCAAUGCUUUAACUAUUCCCGCAGGAGAAUUUCAGACUACAUUUUACUCACCCACCUUGCCUGAAAUCAUGUCAUAUGGAAGCAUUGGAUUUACUGUUGGUCAUGAAGUUUCUCACGGAUUUGAUGUUGAUGGAAUAGAAGUCGACGCCGAUGGAAGAAGUAUUCCUUAUUCUUCUGAUGCAAGGUCUAGUUUGGAUGAAAGAACAAAUUGUUUUAUCGAUCAAUAUGAAGAAUUUUACAAAGAUAAACCAAAUGAAAAUAAAAUUGACGAACCAUUAUGGAAAAGAAUUUGGAAUUAUGUAACAUUGCAAUCAGAGUGGACGGAAGAGGCUAAGAGGACGCAAUCAGAAAACAUUGCUGAUUCUUUGGGUUUGGAAAUGGUCUAUGAUGCUUUGCGAGAAAUUGAAAAUGAAAAAAAUAGCCCUCGACUUCCGGGAUUUGAGGAUUUAUCCAACGAACAGUUCUUCUUCUUGACGUAUGCAAAUGUGUGGUGUUCGAGCAGUAGAUCAAAGUACGAGGAAUUUAUUUACGAUCUUCAUAGUGAAGAACAAUACAGAGUAAAUGCGGCAGUACAAAAUUCUCAAGAAUUCGCGAAAGCUUUCAACUGUCCCGAGAACAGUGCCAUGAAUCCCCAGAGGAAAUGCAAAAUUUGGAUGAGAAGAAUGAUUGGACUUAUUUUGUUCAAGUUAACACUUGCAAUUUCUUAUUGUUCUGCAGGCUCUGCAUGGCAUUUUCAAGAAUUGGGAAAUGAAAUUAAUAAAGUUUGUCGUACAAAAGAAUGCUUCAGAGUAGCUGCAGAACUGUGGGAAAGCGUUAAUAAAUCGGUUGAUCCCUGUGAAAAUUUUUACGAAUAUGCUUGCGGCAAAUGGACAAUUAAUAAUCCAAUUCCAAAAGACAAGGCUUAUUGGGACUCACGUGCGAAAACGGAAAAGAAGAUUGAGGACAGAAUUAAAGUUUUGUUGGAGGAACGAAUAAAACCAACUGAUAUUUUUCCUGUUAAGCAAUUGAAAAAGUUUUAUCGAUCAUGUAUGAAUCUAGACGCACUGGAGAGUAAUGGUAUAAGUCGUCUUGAAGCAAUUUUAGCAAAUAAUGGAGGAUGGCCAAUGGCUAUGGAAAUUUCCGAAUGGGAUUCACAAGAAUUUCUCUGGCAGCAAAUCAAUAAAAAUUAUUUUAAAAUUAGUGGACAGUCUCCUUUUUAUGAAUUAAAUGUUGGUCAAGAUUAUAGAAAUAUUGAUGUUCUCGAUUAUUAUUCUGAAGAUCGAAAACUUAAACUGAUGUUAAAACUUUCAUCUCCGAGUUUGCCUGAAAUUCUUCCCAAAAAAUCACAACGAAAAAUAAAUAGAACUAUGUUGUAUGAAAGUGGACAGUAUGGGAAAUUAAUGACAGAAGUUGCACUCAUGUUUGCAAAGGAUAAAUUUAUUGAUAACGAUCAACUAGCAACUGAUGUUCAGAAUGUAAUUAAAUUGGAGCAAACGAUAGAAAAAGAACUUAAAAAAUUGAAAUAUGACUUAAAUGUCAUUACUGUGAAAGAAUUGCAAAGAAAAUAUGACGAUGUUUCAACCUCUAAAUCUAAAAUAAAUUGGAUUUCGAUUAUUAGCGAUUAUUUAGCUAGUGCAAAUGUAGAAAUGGAUGAAAAUGAAGAAAUUAUAAUGAGCUAUUCGAAUCUGUUUUCCAUGAUCGCAAAAAUUCUGGAGAAAACACAGCCACGAGUUAUUGUUAAUUACGUUCAUUGGUAUUUUUUAAAACAAUUUUUACCGUAUACAACUCAACACAUGCGGAUGUUGGAAUUUAAUCUGUACAAGGAAAUGACUGGAGUAAAGGAAGAAACUCCAAGACACGAAGAAUGUGUUAAAGAAGUAGGAAUGUACCAUGUGAAAGCAUAUCAGUUUGUAAAAAAGUAUUUUACUGACAAUAUGAGAGAACAUGCGCAAGAAAUUUUUAAGGGUGUUCAAAAAGCAAUUGUUAAACACAUUUUAAGAGCAGAUUGGCUGGACGACGAGAUGAGAAAAUCGGUUUUGCAGAAAGUAAAUAAAAUGAAAACCAAUAUUGGUUAUCCUUCUAUAUAUAAUAAAGAUACAGUCAUGGAAUAUUAUUAUCGUGGGAUGGCAAUUGGAAAUCAGUUUUUAGAAAAUAUAUUCAGUUCUUUAAAAUUUGAAGAAAAGAAAAAAAUUCGAUUAAUUAGAAAUAAUACAUUGAAAGAAGACCCAGAACUAUGGGGUGAUACUUUAGAAGUAAAUGCUUUUUACAAUCCUCUUGCCAAUGCUUUAACUAUUCCCGCAGGAGAAUUUCAAACUACAUUUUACUCACCCACCUUGCCUGAAGUCAUGUCAUAUGGAAGCAUUGGAUUUACUGUCGGUCAUGAAGUUUCUCACGGAUUUGAUGUUAAUGGAAUAGAAUUCGACGCCAAUGGAAAAAAAAUUCGUUAUUCUUAUAAUGCAAGGUCUGGUUUCAAAGAAAGAGCAAAUUGUUUUGUUGAUCAGUAUGAGGAAUUUUACAAAAAUAAACCAAAUGAAAAUAAAAAAGACGAACCAAUUUGGAUAAAAAUUUGGAAUUACGUAACAUUCCAAACAGAGUGGACGGAAGACGCUAAACUGAAGCAAGGGGAAAACAUUGCAGAUUCUUUGGGUUUGGAAAUGGUCUAUGACGCUCUGCGAGAAAUUGAAAAUGAAAAGAAUAGCCCCCGACUCCCGGGAUUUGAGGAUUUAUCCAACGAACAAUUCUUUUUCUUAACGUAUGCAAAUGUGUGGUGUUCGAGCAGUAGAUCAAAGUACGACGAAUUUAUUGGCGAUGUUCAUAGUGAAGACCAAUACAGAGUAAAUGCUGCAGUACAAAAUUCCCAAGAAUUCGCGAAAGCUUUCAACUGUCCCGAGAACAGUGCCAUGAAUCCCCAGAGGAAAUGCAAAAUUUGGUAAAAGUAAAACUAAAAUUUUCUUUUAAAUAUAACAUCUGUUAUAAUUUAUUGCCAUUUGAGUAAUACAUAAAAAAUUUAUAGUAUAAAAA